AUGUCCAAGUUGGAAGCUACCAUCCGGACGCAGGCGGACCUCCGCUACCGGAUCAGCCGCGUCGUCGACAACUUCAAGAAGGGCGGUAAGGAUAAGAUAACCCCUUCAUCGAUUAACGCACGAAUCGAAUAUCUCGACAGUAGCUGGAAAACAUUCCGAAACACGCAUGCAACCUUAAUCGCGGCACAAACAGAGGAGUUCAAAUCGCUCGAUUAUUUUGCCAACGAUCAUUACGCGGAGUGUGAGAGUUCCUAUUUCGAGAACAAAGACGCGCUCUUAAUAAUGCGGCAACAAUUGAGCGAUGAGUCCGCGCCGUCGGACUCGUUAAGUACGUCGACCGUAGCUCGUAAUGCAGUCACUCGGGCCUUGCCUAAGAUCACGUUGCCCAAGUUCUCCGGCGAGUACAAUUCGUGGCCCGCAUUCCGUGAUCUGUUCACCUCAAUGAUCACUGAUAACUCCGAGAUCGCGCCGGUGGAAAAACUGCAUUAUCUAAAGAACAAUCUGUUAGGAGAAGCCGCCAAACGUAUUGCGAACUUCAACGUUACCGGUGACAAUUUUGUUCGAGCAUGGGACGUGUUAGUGGAUUGGUACGAGAAUCCCCGCAUACUCAUUACCGCGUACUUCGAUCAAUUAUUCCGGGUCAAACCGUUGACUCGAAAAUCCGCUGACGACCUAAAGGAACUCGUUGCGACGGUAAAAGAAACCAUGGGCGGAUUACAGCCACUCGGCACGACGAACGAACUUUGGGACUACUUCGUCGUGUACUUCAUCGCGAAUCGAUUGGAUGCGGACUCACGCGAGGCAUGGGAGCUACAUCAGGAAAGCUCUACAAAAUCGGCUACGUUCCAUCAGCUCGAAGUCUUUUUGGACGGUCGUACCCAGGCACUCGAAAUGGUCGCGUCACGCGUGGAAAAGCCCUCGAAACUCUCGAAACCGAGCACUAAUUCGAAGGCUGGAAUUCGGUCGCUCGCCGCCACUACGAACAACGUCGGCCCCGCUAAUCCGUCGGGCAAUAGCGCCCCUUCCACAACUGCUUCUGCACCGAAUGCGACGCCGGUAAAUUCUGCGAACGUUUUGAGCCACCCCGGUAUCGGACAAUCUACGACGAUCCUCGCCACUGUUCAGGUUCACAUAAUCUCUCCGCAAGGGCAAUGCAUCUCGGCCCGCGCUCUGUUGGACCAAGGAUCUGAACUCUCUUUCAUAAGCGAAUUCACCGCACAAUCGCUUAGAAUUACUCGACAGCGCGCGACGAUACCAAUCCUGGGGAUCGGUGCACGAUCUGCCGGAUUCACUCGCGGAGUGCUGCUCAUACGCAUUCGUUCGAUACCUAAUGAUACCGAAGAAGUCGACGUGUACACACACGUGCUAUCUAAGUUAACUGGUCGCAUCCUGACUACUCCGAUCGCCGACGCUACGUGGAACCAUAUCGCUGGCCUGUCACUCGCUGACCCGAACUUCGCUCAUCCAGGCAAAAUCAAUUUAAUCCUCGGAGCUGACGUCUACGCGCGCCUUCUGCGACCUGGACCGGACGCGCUCCGGCACGGAGAUCUACAUCAACCAAGCGCGCAAAAUACGAUGCUCGGUUGGGUAGUCUCUGGGCCCGCCGGUCCGCCCGCUGACAUCGUACCCCGCACCGUAUCGUAUCAGCGAACCUUCAAUGGAAAUCUCGAUCACGAGCUCAACGAGAUACUGUGCCGCUUCUGGACUCAGGAGGAAGUUCCCUCGUCCCAGGCCGCGCGACUCACUGCCGAUGAACAGUGCGAACGGCAUUUUCGCGACACGCACUCACGCGACGCAUCAGGCCGCUAUGUGGUACGGUUGCCCUUUCGGACUCCGAGGCCUCCUCUCGAUCCCUUGUACUCUACGGCGUGCCACAUGCUCCGACGAUUACAACGUCGCCUCGAAUCGGGCGCUGAUCUCGCCCGAUUAUAUAACGAUUUCUUACGAGAGUAUGAGGCCCUCGCGCACAUGACUCGGGUCGGCACCACCGUUUCAGAUUCGGAGUCCAGCUAUUUCAUUCCGCAUCACGGAGUGUUAAAAGAAGGAAACACGACCACGAAAUUGCGAGUCGUAUUCAACGGGUCCAGCCGAACCAGCACCGGAUAUUCGUUAAACGACUGCCUACACAUAGGCCCGAAACAACAGCAGGAACUUUUUGACGUGCUAUUUCGAUGGCGUCGGCACGCCUACGCCUUCUGUGCCGACAUCGAAAAAAUGUACCGACAAAUCUUGGUGCAUCAGGAGGAUCGACGAUUUCAGCAAAUACUCUGGAGCGCUAGUGGACCACCGAUCAUCUUUCAGCUCAACACGGUAACGUACGGGCUAACCUUCUCUGCAUUUGCCGCGAUACGUUCCAUAAAACAACUCACUUACGACGAAGGCGAUCAUUAUCUAGACGCAGUUCUCAUCCUUCUCGAGGAGAUGUACGUCGACGACGCCCUUUCCGGUGCCGACACGCUUUCGCAUGCCCGCACAAAAGCAUCGCAAUUAGAUCAGCUCCUCAAGGCGGGCGGAUUCACGCUCCAAAAAUGGACGUCAAAUGACCAAGCCGUGCUUGCGGAUAUCGACUCUCGCCGUCACGCGGCCCCCGCUCCUCGCGAAUUCCACGAUGAGUCAUUCGCGCGUGCCCUCGGACUCUCGUGGGACCCGUCGGGUGACAUUUUCGUAUUGAGACCGCGCUUCAAGGCGGCCUCUCCUCAUAUCACAAAGCGAACGGUACUUUCGCGAAUCGCACAAUUGUUCGACCCGUUGGGUUGGAUCUCAUCCGUCACGAUCAUCGCUAAAUUAUUUAUGCAGGAGCUGUGGCGAAUUAAGGUGGAGUGGGAUGAGCACCUCUCAGAUGAGUUCGCCGAUCGGUGGCGCGAAUUCGAGGAAGAACUCGAGACGAUGUCAAUCACCAUCCCGCACUGGCUCGGCACGUCCUCAACGAACCUAACUGUCGAACUCCACGAUUUUUCGGAUGCCUCCCAACAAGCUAUGAGCGCCGUCAUUUAUUUACGCGUUACGACCCCGGCCGGGAUUAGCAUCACAAUCGUGGCAGCGAAGAGCCGUGUCGCGCCCAUCAUGAAGAACACCAUUCCGCGUCUUGAACUCAGCGCUGCGGUUCUCUUAGCACGGUUACUCAUUCGCGUCCAAAUGGCACUCAAAUUAGAAUCAACCUCGGUUAACCUGUGGGUUGAUUCGAGCGUCGUACUGGCGUGGGUUCAUGGAUGCCCAUCAAGAUGGAAGGAGUUUAUAGCCAAUCGAGUCGCACUCAUUCACGAGCUCGCUCCCCGGCAACCGGUCGCCAGCAACUUCGCGCUUACGCCCUCAGAACUUCUGGCGGCUGAAACCUUCUGGGUGAAGCAAACUCAGAGCGAAUAUUUUGCCGAGGAAUUGAAGCAACUAUCACGCGGGUCGUCUCUCUCUCGAUCGCAUCCCCUACUUCGUCUCACCCCGUUCUUGGACGAGGGAAUCAUAAGGGUGGGCGGUCGGUUCCGUAAUGCACAACUCGAUCCCGACGCCAAACACCCGAUCUUGUUGCCAAAGGAAUCAACACUAUCUCGCCUGUUGCUCGCCGAUGUACAUGCUCGCACAUUACAUGGUGGAACUCAAUUGAUGCUCACGGUGCUCCGCCAACAGUACUGGAUUCUGGGCGAACGAGUACCCGUGAAUUCCUACGUACGACGAUGUGUCGCCGUGGAAUUUGCGCAUCACUGA